AUGACAUCGAAUUACGGUGGUGACACAAGAUUAGUGGCCGAUCAACAACCUUCCCAAGCUGGAAGAAUGCAGCUUGUUAACUCAGUUCUAAUGAGUGUCAGUGUGUACUCGUGCCAGAUUUUCAUCCUUCCUAAGAGUGUUAUUAGGAAAAUUAACUCUGUAUGCAGAGCCUAUCUUUGGCAUGGUACAUAUGAUGAUAGCAGACCUGAUCCAGUGGCAUGGAUUAACCUGUGUGUUUCAAAAACACAGGGUGGGCUUGGGUUUAGAAACCUUGCUAUUUGGAACCAAGCAGCUGUUGGAAAACUGGCAUGGUCCAUUGCUCAGAAAGAAGAUAAUUUAUGGGUAAAAUGGGUGCAUGCAAUCUAUGUUAAACAGAAGAACUGGUUGGUGUACAUGCCCUCUAUUGCUGCUAGUGGGGCAGUAAAGUAUAUCUGCAAAGUCAAACUUGAUUGUACCAAUAGGUUGCAUUCUGACUCUUGGCUGACAACCACAAAAUACUCUAUUGGUGACAUGUAUAAGCAAUUGAGUGAGCAACAGGCUAAGACCAAUUGGUCUCAAUUUGUAUGGAAUAGAUUCACCAUUCCAAAACAUAGGGUCAUUCUUUGGUUGGCUCUGCAGGACAGGAAAGUUCUGCACUGGUUGGGGUUCAACACUCACAGAACAAGCUUGUUCAUGAUCCUCAAAUGGGCUCAUAGGCAUUGUGUGGGUGGUUUUAGAAGGAGAGUUUGUUAUGCUGCUGUUGCAGGGGUGGUUUAUCAGAUUUGGAAGGCAAGAAAUUCAGCUAUUUGGGAUGCUAAAGUUCCAUCUCUGGAUACUAGUGUUAACUGUAUUCAGUUUGAUGUUAGACACAGAAUUAAGAGUAUCCCAGGUAAGAAAGUGAGUACUAGAGAUAAGGAUUGGUUAUAUUCCUUGUAA